AUGAAUAUUUUAAAACUUGAUAAAUUAACAGAUGAGAUGAUGAAUUUAAGUUUUAAAGAUUUCUAUAAUUUUAUUGAAAUUGCAUUAAAUAAAGAAUUAAGUGAAUUAUUUCAAGUUCAGUCAAUUCGAGAAAUGUCAUCGUUAUCAUCAGUAACUGUAAAUCAAUUAACACAUAUACUUACUUUGGAGAUUACAGAUUUAAUAGAUCUAAAAAAAUCACUUGGAUACAUGACAAGUCAUGGAGUUUUUCAUCUCCGACUUGGUCAUCAACAAUUAUUAGAGCGUCUUUUGUCAUUAGUACAAGCAAAAAAUACUUCAUCUGUAAACAAUCGUGUAGUAUCAAAUAAUUUUAUAGAAAAUGACAUAUAUGUAAAGUUAACAGAAUUAUUAAAACAUCAAGCAUCUAAUUUAUCUAAUGUACAUAAUUUCUCUAUUCUUGUUCCAUGGAUUAUAAAUAUUUUUCAAAAUAUGACAACAACAAAAAAUAGAUAUAAUUAUGAUGUACAUAUUCAGCAAUUUGCUUUAUUAAUAUUUAUUCUUGGAGCUGAAGAUGCUACUAGUUCAAUAUCUCGUAUAGACUAUGAUGCAACAUUGAAUUCAUUUAUUGGUUUUUCUGCACCUUUAGUCAAUGGAGUACCACAAUCGAAUUUUUUCCAGACGGAAAAUUUUGAGCAAUUAGAAUUAUGGUUUAAUGAUAUAGAUAAAGCUAAAUUUAUUAAUUUAUACAUGUUAAAAUCUUUAACAUUAUCAGCUCCACCAUUCAUUUUAUCAGCUUACGGAUCAAACAAUAAAGCAAAAGCAAUUGAAAUCUUAAGAAGAUGGUUAUUUAUUCAUGAUCAGUGUUUAAUUCAAGGUGUACAUGUUAUAGGUUUUAGUUCUGAUGCUGAUGCACGUUAUCUUCGAGCAAUGAGAUUAUGUUCACGCUUUUUUGCAACAUUACCAAACUUCAAUAUUCCCUCGACUGAAAGGAGGGGUCAAAAGAACAUCGAAAAUUAA